AUGCUUUCACUAGGUUCAUUCCAGCCAACGAAUGAAAUGAUGCUCAAGUUCUAUAGUUUUUAUAAGCAAGCAACCCAAGGACCCUGUAACAUUCCGCGACCUGGAUUUUGGGAUCCGAUUGGUAGAUAUAAAUGGGAUGCUUGGAGUGCCUUGGGAGACAUGUCCAAGGAAGAAGCCAUGAUAGCCUACGUUGAAGAAAUGAAAAAGAUUCUUGAGACUAUGCCAGUGACGGACAAAGUUGAAGAAUUACUACAAGUAAUAGGCCCAUUCUAUGAAAUAGUAGAAGAUAAAAAGAACAGAGGAUCUGACCUAACCUCAGUUCGAAUGGAGAAAGUCUCUAAGUAUUUGGAAGACCUUAGUAAUGUCAUGAAUUCUACUUCAAAUAUAAAAGCUGUGAAUGGAAAAGCUGAAAGUAGUGAUAGUGGUGCAGAAUCAGAAGAGGAAGGGCUUCAUGAAGAAGAAGAAAAAGAACUGCAGCUGAAUGGAAAGGACUAUAAGAAUGUGAAAUCAGAAUCAGAAGUUGCUAAGGAUUUGGAAAGUAUUGUUACUAAUGGCUGUUACAAGGACAGCUUUAUCCCAGAUAUGCAGAAUGGCAUCCAGACCAAAUCUGCCCUGAAUGGCUUGAACCGGGAGGAAGAAAUAAAGAAAAUGGAGACAAGCCUAGAAAUAGCUAAUAACAGUGCUCACCAAGGUGCAAACGAAGAGAAUACUGAAGAGGUCUCAGCAGCGCAGCACUUAACCAGUGAUUCAGACAGUGAAGUUUAUUGUGACUCUAUGGAGCAGCUUGGACUAGAAGAGCCCUUGGAGAUCAUCACAUCAUCUAAAGGAUCUUUAAAGCAUUCAUCCCCUUUCUUGGAUGUAGAUCACAGUCUUUUGUUAGAAAAUACGGAUUUUCCAAGGCACGUUUGUAUGACUUAUGGGAGUCUCCAACCUGGAAAUACUGUAGACGAAGCAGCUCAAGAACAAGGCGAAGUCAAGUGUGGUGGAGAAGAUGGCAAAGCCAGUAAUGGGGGCCCUCACAAGGAGAAGAAAGGUGGAGAAAAAGCAGAUUUCUACAGUUUCAGAAGAGGGAGAGGGCAUAGACUUCAACCUCUAGGAGACGGCUCACAAGGUGGACAGAUGGGUAGUGGAGGGGAUGGAGAGCGCUGGGGAUCAGACAGAGGACCCAGGGGUAGUCUCAAUGAGCAGAUUGCAGUAGUGCUGAUGCGGUUGCAAGAAGACAUGCAGAAUGUCCUUCAGAGGCUGCAUAUGCUGGAGGCAGUUACAGCAUCACAGGCAAAAUCUGCAACACUGCAGUCAAAUUAUCAGCCCGCUUCCUCUGUCAAGAAACCAUCAUGGUGGCCCUUUGAAAUUUCUCCUGGUAUUUUAGCUUUUGCUAUUGUAUGGCCAUUUAUUGCCCAGUGGUUGGUACACGUGUAUCUUCAAAGAAAGCGAAGGUAAAGAAAACUGAACUGAAAAUUCAUGACUCUGCUUAAAGACUGCUAGGAGAAGAUGGCCCUGGAAAGUGAAGGAAUUCUGAAUUCUCAUAGAAUCUCAGAAUCUGGGAUGAUGUUCCUUCUAUUAUAGUAAUAUUUUGUACUACCUUUGAGCUAAACAUUUAAGGACUAACAUUACUGAAACUUGAAUGACUCACAGCUCCUAGGUUACAAAAAAAAAAAUUAAUAAUUCUAUCCUCAAAACCCUAUGAACAUCAAUUAUUUUGGAAUGUGCUUGUGGAUGGGCCUUUAGUAAUUACUGGUCUUGCUGAUGUCAGAUGAUUAAGAGAAUAUCAUCUUUGUAAAAGAAUAAGUGAAAAUGUGUAAAACUAUCACUUUAAUAUAGAAAUAGUUUUACAGUGACAACAUCUCUGCCUGUUUUUCCACAGGGUUAUAUAUUAUCAGAGGAAAGCACUAAUAAAAUAUGAAUUCAAUACAUUGUAAGCUGUUAGAAAAAUACAGCAUAUCUCUGAAGAGUUCAACUGGUUAUUUUUGCUGCUAAAGGAGUGUGGGACAAAUUUCCAUGUAAAUUGGUCAGAAGUGAAGUUGAAUCCUUCACUUAUCUUUUAAGAUUGUAAAGGACAUUUAGGAAUUGAUGUAUGUCUUGAAAGUUAGAGCCAUUAAUAACAGAGGGACUGUCAAAUACAACUUUGGAAACCAUGUGUGGUACAAGGGAUCCAUCUAAAGAGGCUGCACCUUAUAUUUUUGACUUUGAUAAUUAUAUUCUUGUUGAAAACAGCUUGUUUUAACUGAAAUACAUAGUUUAGGCACAAGGUGCUUUAAAAUAACAUGAAAGCUAGCUCUGUAAGUAUAUCUCUAAGAAUUGAAAAAGCUCUGUGCACUGUAAGCUCUCUGUUGUCAGUUUAUGUCAAAUUAAAAUAAGAUUCAAUCUAGCCCUAAUCUAUUGUGGACUUUUCCUAAGUCACAUUAUGAAAAAUAUCAGUUCUGGUAUCUCUUUCUCUUAUCCUUCUACUUCCUUUUGUUUUAAAAAUUUUCAGCUAAUUUUGGUGCUGUUUCCUCUCUCCCCCCCCAUUAUUUAUUAACCAAUAUACAGAUAGAGUUACAACCUCGUGAAGUUUGCUUGAUUAAAGCAUGCUUUACACUUAAUUUUAAAUUUUAAAAUAAAUUAAGAUAUAAGUUGUCUAAAUCUCUGGAAGAGGGAAAUGCACUUAAUUUUCUGUCAAAUCUAAUUUUAAAGGCAUACAUUUGUUAUAAUUACAUCAUAAUAUAAUCUGUGUUUAAGAUAUGAGUCUUCAGAAAUUUUACCAUAUAGUUGAUGUACUCUCAUUCUAUACCUGGACUAUAUAUUAGAAAUAAUUUGAGGAAAGUUAUUUUUGGUCCUUCCUGAAAAUCUUUUCAAAUUUGGAAAACAUUUUUCAUACAAGCUCUACUCUAUAAAAAUGUAAUCAUAGGAUUUAAUGUUUGCUUUACCGGUGCAAUUUUGUCUUAUUUUUAGUUAAGUGCAGGUUUUUUAAGAGUUACUUUUCCCCUCUUCUGAUUUUCUUAUUGUAAAGCUGAAUUAAAAAUAAAGUGAUCAAAAGAUCUUUGGAGACUGCUGUAACAAUCUGAUGGUUUCAUGUGCCAUAGGUGUGCUUUGGCAUGAGAUGUACUGAAAACCCAGGUUUGAACAAAACUUAUGCUGGAAGGGAAGAUCUGCUGUGACUGGAAUCUUAAAGUUCUUAGAAUGUUUGACUUCUUAUCAUAAAGUGAUAGAAAUAAUUAUACCAGAAGGAUAUUCUAGCUUGAAGGUCACUGAAAAAACCCAAUUCCUGAAGCAGCAUGUCUUCUGACAGGAUGGAAGAUGUCAGUGCCUCCUCCACUGACUCAUGACCCUGUUACAUAGAGGGGGUCUAGCUUUUAGAGAGGGUACAGACAUUCUCCAAGGUACUUAACUGUUAACUUCCCACUGAAAUAAAUGUAGGUGUAUGCCAUCCUUGUUAUUUAUUCAUGUUUCAAUAAAUCAAUCCCUUAAUACU